CAAAAUCGGAAAAAAAAUUUACGCUUCGAAACCCUAAUUUUGAUCUCAAGAGAUGGACAUGGAAGGCUUGUCCGUGAUCUGCGCUGGUCUGGGAUCUAUCGAUGAGGACGAUGGUGGGAAUCGGAUCGGCUACGCGAAGACCGACUAUUGUUUGGAUAAUUUAAAGGAUUUGUUGAGAUUUCUGAGGCGUGAUGAUCCGCAGUCAAGAUCAGUGUUCAAACAAGUAUGCAAAUGGAACACAGUUUCCAAAGAUUUGAUACCAAUAAUUGAACAUUGUCAAGAUGAUCGCAACUUGGUGUUAAAUGCCGUGAAGGUUUUGGUGUUUCUUACAAUGCCUAUUGAGGCUUCAUCCAAUGAUAUUUCACAACAGAUAGAAUAUUUAUGGGGGUUGAAGUCUUCAAUUACACGCAGCAACACUAUUGCGGUGGUUAUGUCACUUCUUGAGAGCCCAUUGGAAAAUUUGGAAUGUGAAGCAUUCACAGAGGAUGACUGGAAAUUGGUCCAGCUCGUGCUUACCUUGUUUCGGAACAUUUUAGCUAUACAAGACAUCUCAUUGCAGCAGAAGGCUGGGGAAUCUGCCAGUCAAUUUUUAUCCCUGAGAGACAGAUUUUUGGAACUAUUGUUCAAUGAGAAUGUGAUGGACUUGAUCUUGGUUAUUACCCAGAAUGUUGGUGGUUCUUCCAAAUAUUUCCGUCAAGAUAACCUGCUUUUAUUAGAAAUUUUCCAUUACAUAUUUAUGGGUCAAGAGCCAGAGUUGCUUGCUAAAGCACAUCUAAAUUGUUCCAAGGUGGAUGGGGACACCAAAACUUCACUUAAUAGUCUCAAGUCCAUAAUAGAAGAGGAGGAAGAAAAAAGAAAACUUUUGAGGAUACGGAAGUUAAAUCGUUCUUCACAAUUUUGUGGAGCCUUUACACGGGUUACCAUGGAUGGUUCAAAAACGUUUUUCAAGGGAAAUCCAACUUUUACUUCUCAUGAUAAGUUUCUUAAACCUCAAGUUCCACGGGGUCCAUUAAAAAAGAUUGUGUGGGAUCAUGGAAGUUUACCUUCAGCGAAGGAUAACAUUCUGGAGUUGGUCCAUGAUUUUGUGAACCAGUUUUUGUCAGGAGGCUAUAAUGUUCUGAUGCAGUCUAUUUGUGAGGACAUUGAAAAAGAACAUCAUGCAAUUCAGAACAGCGAUGUGGUUGUUUUCUUUCAGGUUUCUCAGUUCGUUACAUCUUUCCAAUAUCACAAGUUCUUGAUCUCUAAGCCAAAUAGGGGAAUGGAUACAUCUGAGACAUUUGCCAAUGAGUAUACUGAUAGUACAUUUUUCAAAGGCGAUAUAUGUGGACCAAUUGCAGCAACAAUGAAUGAGGCCAUGUUUCUGCUUGUAGUUUUGAAGUGGCGUAAUGCAUUUGAUGGCUUGAAGGAGACAAAUGACUACAAGUUUCUGUCUGCAGCAGGGUCCCUUAUGAAAAAUAUGAUUCGCAUGUUAGAUUUAGUGCUUAAACUAUCACUGGAAGAUUCUAAAGAGCCUCAAACAGCUCGAAUCCUUCUUUACAAGUUAUUUUAUGACCAGACUGAUCAAGGGAUGACUCAUUUUCUCUUGAAUCUGAUCAAAUCCUUCGACUCUCAUAAACAACCCAAAAGUGAUCUUGCAGAUUUGGUCGAAAUGAUAUAUAUAGUUGUACAGCUUAUGGAGAAUCUUCAGGCUCACGGAACAUUAAGGGUUUCUAGAAAGUCAAGAAAGGGGAGAAAGAAGAGAACAUUGAGUGACAAGAAUGAAAAUGAAGGAGAACAUGGAGAUCAUGGUGUCAUUCAGAAUGAAAUUGGUGUCUCCAAUUGUGGACAAUCUGCAGAUCUGAACAUGUCGCAGAAAGAAAGCUUAGAAAAUUCGAUUUCUGAUGGAAGACAAGAAGCCGUCAUACAGAUUGAGACUGAAAUACCUGUGCUUGGGACAGGAAACCUUGGAGGCAGUCUGCCACAUAUGGAUGUCCAAAAGGCAAAAAAUACUACUGAUGAUCUUCAUUAUGGAACUGAUGAUUCUUCGGGUGAUGAGCAGGCAGCUGUGGUUGAUGAAGUUGAUUUUAAGGUGUCUACCUUGGUUUCUGCUUUUGCAAAUAACCAUGUUAUCCAAAAUUUAUGUUGGUUGCUUAAGUUUUAUAAGAGCAAUUCAACCACGACAAAUCACUACAUUAUAUGCAUUUUGCGGAAGAUCUGUGAUGAUUUGGAGCUCUCUCCAAUGCUAUACCAGUUAUCACUCCUCACCAUAUUCUACAAUAUCCUGUGUGAGCAGAAGUCAUGUCCAUGCAAGGAUUAUGAAAAUAUUGUUUGUUUCCUGACAAAUUUGGUUAGAAAAAUGCUAAGGAAAAUGAAAAGUCAACCCCUUCUUUUUGUGGAAGUUCUCUUUUGGAAAACCCGUGGAGAAUGCCAUUACAUCACUUCCCAAUCUUUAUUGCAUGAACUUGGAAGUUUGAAGAAAGAAAGUGGAAAAUGGGGAAAUAUUUCAAGGCAUGGAGAAAUUGGCUCAACAGAAGGCAAGGGAUGGAUGCACAGAAGUAUAGCAGAUGCUCUUGGGGAGGAUGAAGCUGAUGUUGUGAUCUCUCAUGAGCCUGUAUAUCAAAAAAAUGAUGAUAAUUUUAGUGAGGUGGAGGAAGGCGUCACUCCUAUUUCAAGUAGCAAAAUCGAUGGGAAGACAAAUUCUGAUAAUGCGGGGCAUUAUGCGGAACAUGAGUCUGAAAGAGUUUCUAAAAGAAAGAGAAGGCUUGUUCUCAGUGCUGAGGUGGAGAAAAACAUUAAGGAUCUCUAUGAGAAAUUCAAAGAUGAUAGACAUUGUAGCCGUCUCAUUGCGGAAGCCCUUGAUCCUGAUUGUAAAGUUUCUCCAGUCCAAGUUUCCAAUAAGCUUAAGCAGCUAGGUUUGAAAAUUGCACCAAAGAAAAGGAUGCUCCAAGUUGAUGUACCUUUGUCUGAUAGCACUUAUCAACUAAUGGAAGAAGCUAGAGCAGUUGGAGGAGAAAGUGCUCAUCUUGUUUGCUCAAACAAUUCAGAGGGAAGUUUAGUCAGGAAAUCUUUGCAUACAAGAAAAAGAGUACGUGCCUUCAGCAAAGAUCAGGAGGAAACGAUUAGAGCUUUAUAUGAACAGUUUAAAGGCCAUAAAAGGUGCACCUACAUGAUUGCAAGUGCUCUGGCUGGUGAUGAUAUGCUCACGGCUGCCCAAGUUUCCCGUAAACUUAAGCAACUUGGCUUACAUGUUCCUCGACGGAAAAGAGCUGAAGGCAACAUGCAUUUGAGAGAUGAGGAUCUUAAUGACUUUGAUACAGCCAAAGCACAGGGUUCUGAUGAUGAAACAUUGUUGUCACUAAGAAAAAGGAGCAAGAAGGAGAAUCACAGAUUAUUGCGUGAAGAGGUACCAGAACAGAAUAUUGAAGGAAAACUUAUGCAAAGUUCCGAUGAUGAAACCCUAAGCUCUGUUCUGAAGAAAACUAGGAGACUCCCUCCAAAGUUGGAUGAGAAGCAUACAAGCACUUCAAAUGGGGGAUUAGGGAUUGAUGAUCUGUCUGGCAAUGUAGUUGCUAAAGAUGUCACGAAAAGGGAUGGACACACCCUAUCCAAUGAGUUGGAAGUUGCUGGAAUUAAAGAUGAUGUUGCUUUCAAGCAUGUCAGCUUGGAUGACAAUUCAGAAGAUGAAAUUAUGGCCUUUAGUAGUGAAAAACAGUUGGGAGCUGCAUCCACCAACAAUAGGGAUAUCUCACCACAUCAACAAGUGGCUGACGAGUUGGCUGAUUCGGGGGAUGACAUAGCUUCUAGUGCAUUACCAAUAAAUUCUACAAGUAGAAGAAAGUUGAGGAUGGUAAUUGAUUUCGAGGAUGAUGAGUAAGUAUUAUGAUUGGCUAGGUUUGUCUCUGUUAGUGCUUACUUUAUAGUUGUACUGUUAUUGGGUUGUAUGAAUCGAUCAAAUAAUGUGAAUAGAUGUGAUCUUUCAUAUACAGAUGCCCCAUGUUUUGUAAGUUCAUUUUUGUCAUCUAUAAAUGGGAUUUAUUCAUCCUCAA